AUAUGGACAUGGUACGAAGUAAAGGAGAAGAGAUAUCGAAGGAUGAGGUUGUAAAAGGCUUAAAAUCAGACAGCAUUCAUUGUGCAGAAGGUCAAAAACUGGAUGAAAUAUUGAAAUAUUUUUGAGAGAGGAUUCAAAAGUCUAUUUUAGAAACACGUUGGCAACAAGAAAGAAGUCUGUCGUUGCUAGCCUCUGAUCUAUUAAUAGAUCUGUACAGUAUCUGUACUGCAUCAUUUUCUGAUGGUUCACUGAGCAUUGAGCUGUAUGAAGUAACUAAAAGUAGAAGAACAAAGACCAUCACCUAGCGUCAACAAAGGCUUUCAUCUCUGUGAAGUGGGUGAUGAUUUGACAGCAUCAAACUGGAGACCCAGAACCUUUCUAGGAGACGGACUCCCGCCUGAUCCAUUCAAUUAAAACCGCCGUCAUCAAGAGCCAUGAGCUGCUGCUGGGCUGACGUCCUGCCAAACCCGCCGACAUGGAACACCUAAAACGGAAACGGGACUGACCGCCAUACUCCAACUCCUGCUUUAAUCGUCAUCGAGACCUCGUCCUGUUCCAUUCCCAUAUUCCUGCCCCGACCUGAACUGCUCCCAGUUUAGAAUCUGAACUGCUGCUCACUACCUUUCCUCCCCUCCAGCCCUCUGUCCCUCGCCCUCCUCCGUCAACUCCUUUUCUUUUCUCUUCACCCUUCUCCUUUCAACGGAGGCGACAUCAAACACUCUGAAUUCAAACCAUGGCCGCCAGACAGCGUUUGUCCUUCCCGUCUCCCUCCCUGCUCCUUCCCGUCCUCCUUCCUGCACUGCUGCUCCUGCGCCUGCCUGCUGCGGUGAAAGGGGACUGCUGGCUGAUAGAGGGGGACAAAGGUUACGUUUGGCUGGCUAUCUGCAGUCAGAACCAGCCUCCGUACGAGACCAUCCCCCAGCACAUCAACAGCACGGUUCAUGACCUGAGGCUGAAUGAGAACAAACUCAAGGCUGUGCUCUUUACCUCCAUGUACCGCUUCACAAACAUAACUGAUCUCAAUCUAACUAAGAAUGAGAUAAACUACAUUGAGGAUGGAGCGUUUGCUGGACAGGCAAACCUUCAGGUUCUACAACUAGGCUACAACAAACUGACCAAUCUGACUGAAGGAAUGUUGAGAGGCCUAGGGCGAAUGCAGUGCCUCUUUUUACAACACAACCUCAUUGAGGUCAUUGCCACCAAUGCCUUCUGGGAGUGCCCUAACCUUAACAGCCUGGAUUUAUCUUCAAAUAAAUUGGCCCGUCUUGACCCCUCUACCUUCACUUCCCUCAACAGGCUAAUGGUUUGUGAACUAGCAGCGAACCCAUUCCAUUGUGGGUGUGAGCUCUACAGUUUUUUGACUUGGCUAGAGGAGUUCAACAAUGUCACCCACACUUACGACCGGCUCCAAUGUGAAACGCCACCAGAACUGACAGGGUAUCCACUCCUGGGCCAAGCGCCUGGCCAGGGAAGGAAUGCUCGGAACAUUCUUCUGUCUGCCUGUCGGGACGGUGUGAUUAUUCCAGGGAUGACCUCCCAGAUGCCAGAUCCAGACGGCUCAGGGAUGGGUCUAGACAAUUCUGACCCAGGUCUGUACCCUCAGCCAACAACAGCUACUGCGGAUCCCAACUAUGUUCCUCAGAUUUCCAUUAAGCUUGAGUCGGUCUCGCUCAACACAGCAUCUCUUCUUGUGCAGAUUCCAAAACCGUACACUAAAAUGUACAUCCUCUCCCAGUAUAAUGAUACUUUUGCAACAGAAAUUAUGUCCCUUACAAAGAAGAAGGAGAAGAUUCCCAUAGAUAAGCUGAAGCCACACACCAAUUACACCUAUUGUGUGGCUUCCGGAAGUAAAACUCAACGAUACAACCAUACUUGCCUGUCUUUCACAACACGGGCUAUGGGCCCGGAGGACCUUCGUUCUAAUCCAUCCACAACUACCCACUACAUUAUGACAAUCUUGGGAUGUCUGUUUGGUAUGGUGAUUGUGCUCGGAUUUGUCUACUACUGCCUCAGGCGGCGACGCAUCCAAGAAGAGAAGGAGAAGGCUAUAAGUGUAAAGAAAACAAUUCUGGAGAUGAGAUAUGGUCCAGAGGCAGCUGCAGCAGUGGCCAAUGACCCAGGUGCCAUUCAACGUCUUCAGGAGCAGACUCAUCACCACCAUUCAGGAGGAGCAGGAGGCAAGCUUCCACCAUCUGCCUCUUCUAGCACGGGGAUGCUCCAUGGAUCAGCAAACACAAGCUCUUCCCGCCUCUCCACCUUGCCCCAGGUAGAAAAAAUGGCCUCUGCCUUCUCUGAGGCAAUGGGCAGCAAGAGCAAUUACAUGGAUGUGAGGACAACGGGAAUGGUCGGAGAGAGCAGAGACGGAGUACUGGUUGCUGGAGGAGUAGGAGGUGAAUUAGUUGUUGAUAUGCGCGGUGUGGCUGAAAAUGGGACGGAGGCUGGGGAAGACUCGGAUGAUGACGGUCGUGGCUCUGCAUCGGAGAUUUCCACCAUUGCUAAGGAGGUGGACAAAGUGAACCAGAUCAUUAACAAUUGCAUCGACGCCCUCAAGCUGGACGCCUCAGCCAAUAUUGUGUCGACAGCUGACGACGGUAACUCUCUGUCCUCCUCCCAGCCACCUUGCAUGGCACCGCUUUCCCGCAAUCUCCUGCCACUCUCCACUGCUUCCUCUGGAGAUCAGAUCAUGGCUUCUUCUCCGAAGGUGCAUCCAAAGUCUCAGCCACACCCUCAGCCUCAUCCUCAGCCGCAACCUCAGUCCCAUCCUCAGUCUCACCCACAGCUACAUCAGCAGCCUCAUCCCCCUUCUAUGGCCCCCGUACCCCUGGUCAUGCCCCUGUCGGAGCGACCUGGCAUCAGUGGAGGUGGGUUCCUUUCCCCACCUUACCGUGACCCACCCCCAGCUAAUGCGGUACGGCCCCUUCAGAGGCAGCAGAGUGCUGACACUGCUGUAGUCAAGAAUCGUUGUGGUACUCCUGCUGCAGUAUCUGUCAAGAACACAAGGCUCUACAGUGUGGAUAUACCAGAGCAGAGGAGUGAUCCACCCAAGUAUCCAACAGAGAAGGGGAGUCCUGCCGUUUGUGGUGGGAUGGGUGGAAGCGGGGGACAUGGUGGUGUAGGAGGCUGUGGUGGAAAUGGCAAGGGAAACCUAAAUGGUGGUGGGGUGAGUUUAAAUGGAGGCGGAAUGGGAUGUAAUAAUGGGAAUGGAAGUGGAUGUGGGGUUGUUGGGCCUGGACAGCAGCAGCAUCACUUAGAGGUUCAGCCAGACUACCACAGCUCAGAGCACCGACACUCCUUUCCUGCACUCUACUACGAGGAUGGCAAUGACUCUCCCUUACCAGCCCAAAAAGCUUCAUUCCUCAAGCCACUGGGACGCACCAAAAGGGAGGCCACAGCCACCUACUCCCAGCUCUCUCCUUCUCGUCACCAUAACUACAACUCCGGGUACUCCUCCAGUCCGGAGUACUCAUCAGAGAGCACGCUGCGCAUCUGGGAGAGAUUUCGACCGUACAAGAAAAACCCACGCGAGGAAGCCUCCUACAUAGCCGCGGGCCACGCAUUGCGUAAGAAGGUGCAGUUUGCCAAGGAUGAGGAUCUUCAUGAUAUUUUGGAUUAUUGGAAGGGCGUUUCUGCCCAGCAAAAGCUGUGAGUUGGAGGGCUGUGGUGGAAGAAUCAAAUGCUACGUGGGAGAUUUUAAACUGAACACCAACAAUAUUGGACUAAUACAGAGGUAGGAUGAGAAUCUUUCUGCAGAAUGACGUGGGUCAUUCAUCAGGCAGAUCCAGAGUUGACUAAUCUCAAGAUGAGUUUGGAACAUGUAUUUGGUGACAGUUCAUUGACAUUUUAAAUGGUUCCAGAGGAUGAAAUUUGUCACCACAACCCUGAGUGGUCAGUUCACCUGACAGCCUCAUACUGGGCACUUUGGUCCUUGCAGGCUUCGCAGAAAUGCUAAGUACAUUCUGAUAAGCAAAGUUAACUUGGUGACAAGCGUCUUCUACCUCAUCACUGGUACACCUCAUCACUGUAGCUCAACUAUCUCAGUAGAAACAGCAGCAUUUAUAACUUAAGCUCUGUCUGUCUUUUUUUUCUAUUUCUAUCAAACAACCAUUCAAAGGACAUUAAUUCCACGGCAUUGCUUCCACCUGGGUUUCUAUAAAAACAUCAUUUAGAGCAGUAAUGAGAAACUAAAUUGAAGAUUUAUAAUUUUUUGUAUUAGAAUACCUGUCUUUGGGGAAGACAUUAAGCGAUACUAAUCUGGCUUAUUGUUUUCCCUGGCAAUUAGCCAGUCUAACAGAAGGUCAGGGACAGUGUUUGUUGAGCAUGCUUAUUGAUGUAAAACACCCAACUACGCAUAUUCAGUGGUGUGUGUACAUACAAGUUGUGGGUUUUAAUGUGAGAAAUCCCAUUUUAGUUGAAGAGGGAGGUAGGGGCUGAGUCAUUCUUUAUCUCAGGCUUCUGUAUAAGAGCAAAAGGUUUCAUGAUAGACAGAUUAGAUAACAACCUACAGUAGCUGGGAAGGUCUGUGAGUGUACUUG